ACAAAACAAAGCCUUUUCCUCUCACCACUAAAAAAACAUCAAUGUCGGAAUCUGAUAAGAAGGAAAAAUCCACAGUCAACACUGGUGUGUUUGGUAAUACUCACUAUGAUAUAAAUGAAAGAGAUUUUCUCCAGAGAGAAUUAUUAAAAAAGUUAGAUUCGGAUGCAAUUUCCAAACGUCCUGGACCAAAUGGUCAAAAUGUACACUACAUUGAAACAUGGAAAGCUAUUGAAUUGGCCAAUUUAACAUUCGGAUUUAAUGGAUGGUCAUCUAGUAUCAUGGAAAUUUCCAACGAUUUUGUUGAACAAACACAACAAGGAAAAUUUAAUUGUGGAGUUUCUGCAAUCAUUCGUGUCAGUUUGAAAGAUGGAUCUUUCCAUGAAGAUAUCGGAUAUGGUACUAGUGAUAAUCAAAAACAAAGAGGUGCUGCAAUAGAACAAGCAAAAAAGACAGCAGUUAGUGAUGGUUUAAAGAGAGCUUUGAGAAAUUUUGGUAAUGCACUAGGUUUAACAAUUUAUGAUAGAGAUCAUCUCAAACAAAUCACUAAGCCAACUUUAAAGAAACCUGGACAAGCUACAAAUCAACCAAAGCCAACUAAUCCUUAUUUUUCACAAUCAUUUGGAACUCAAUCUCCUUCCUCUUCUCUUCCUGUUAUUAAUACAACUCAACAACAUUUAGAAUCUAUUGCAUCAGCUGAUUAUAGUCAAACAGUUGGAUCAACUCAUGUCAAGGAAGAAAAUGAAUCAAGUUUGAAUAUUGAUGAUGAUCUAGAUUUAGAUGGAUCUGCCAUUCCAGAAUCACCCCAACCAGAAACUACAACAUCUGCCACAAAUCAAACACCAGUUUUCCAGAGACCUUCUAAUCCUUCUCAGAAUCAGACACCACCAGUUUUCCAAAGACCUUCACCAAAUCAAGCAUUCAAAAGACCAGCAAAUCCAGAAGCUUCUCCACCAAAUCAACCUGCCAAUAAGAAGACUAAAUAAUAAUCAUUCAUUGUAUCCUAAUUAUGUGUAAAUAAAUAUCCAUCACCAUUCCAUUGUAC